AUGGCUCUAAUAUUCACCUAUCUUUUCUCCUUACCACUUUCACUCCUCUUCAUCUCUUUAGUAUUCACUGUCUCAUCAGCCCUAAGCCAUGAUCAUGAUCACAAGAAUAUUAUUAACAGCUUCAGCGUUGACCUCAUCCACCGUGACUCCCCAAAAUCUCCAUUUUUCAAUCCGUCCGAGACUCCUUCCGAGCGCCUAACCAACGCUUUUAGCCGCUCCAUCCACCGCAAUAAAAAACUUUUGACACCAUCACCGAACGAUGUCCAAGCCACUGUGUUAUCGAACAGGGGAGAGUACCUCAUGGAGAUCUCCAUCGGGACGCCGCCGUUUCGCAUCCUCGCUAUCGCCGACACCGGGAGCGACCUCACGUGGACGCAGUGCAAGCCAUGCACCCAUUGCUACAACCAAACGUCGCCUCUCUUUGAUCCCGCUUCCUCCAAAACCUACAAAAACAUCCCAUGCAAAACAAGCACUUGCAUGUCCAUAACAAGAGGCACGUGCGUCACCAAUCCGAAACUUUGUCCCUAUGACGUCGAAUACGGUGACAGGUCCCACACCGAGGGAUACCUCGCAAACGACACUCUAACCCUAGCUUCCACCACCGGUCGGCCGGUGUCGUUUCCGAAGUUUAUACUUGGAUGUGGGAAGGACAAUGCUGGGACUUUUGAUAAAAGGGGCUCAGGGAUUGUGGGGCUUGGAAAGGGUCAAGAAUCACUUGUUUCUCAGCUAGGUUCCUCCAUUGGUGGCAAGUUUUCUUACUGUUUGGUUCCUCUUUCUUCUGAGAAAUCAAGCAAGAUGAACUUUGGUAGCAUUGCUCAGGUUUCGGGUCCUGGAACGGUGUCUACUCCCUUGCUUCCAGAUGAUUUCCGGCCAGAAAACUUCUACUUCAUUACUUUGGAAGGAAUAAGCGUUGGAUCCACCAGGGUGAAGUUUCGUUACGGAGUUGAGCAAGGCAACAUAAUAAUCGACUCAGGCACUACGUUGACGAUAUUGCCGUCGGAUUUUUACUCCGAUCUGGAAUCCGCGGUGGCGAAGGAGACAGAUUUGGAACGUGUCGAGGAUCCGACCGGAUUCUUGAGCUUGUGUUACAAGAGUCCUGAAUCUGGGGCUGAAUUUCUAGCCCCUAAUAUCACUGUGCAUUUUAGUGGUGCGGAUGUGAAUCUUAGCACUUUGAACACCUUCGUUAGGGUUUCCGAUGAUGUUGUGUGCUUUGCUUUUUAUGGCGAUGACUCCGGAAGCACUUCGAUUUAUGGGAAUUUGGCGCAGAUGAACUUCUUGGUGGGCUAUGAUAGGCAGAAGAGGACUUUGUCCUUCAAGCCUACCGACUGCUCAAAAAUGUAG